GUUGUUGAGCAUCUUGAUCUGCAGAGAAUCUGUUUGCAUCACCUAUCUGUGAGGCCGUGGUUUCGUUGUAUCGUCGCACAUUCAAGUAGCCCAAUGACCAAGACUGAAGGCCUAACGUACGUGGUGACAGGAGGAUGCGGGUUUCUCGGCUCCAACAUUGUGGACAUGCUGGUCCAGAAGGGCACGAACAUCUCGGAGAUUCGGGUGGUCGACACUAAACUGGACAACUUCAAGUCACCAGAGAAAAAAGGGAUCAAGGUCACACCGAUCCGUGGUGACAUCACGGACGUGGCGCAGAUGACGCAGGUGUGCGCAGGCGCAGACGUGGUCAUCCACACUGCGUCAGUGAUCGACGUCUUUGGAUUGGUCAGCGAAGGGACCUUGUGGAACGUCAAUGUCAAAGGAACGGAGACGCUACUCCAGUGCUGCGUGAACCAGGACGUCCGUUCUUUCGUCUACACCAGCAGUAGGGAAGCCGUGGGGCCCAACAGCCGGGGCGACCCUCUGGAGGACGGAGACGAGAACACCCCGUACGACAGCUCCAGUCCCCUGCUGCCGUACGGACGGACCAAAGCGGCUGCCGAGGCGAUGGUUCUGCAGUGGAACGGACGGCGCACAGACGGAGGGAAAACUCUACACACCUGUUCCUUACGGCCGGGAGGAAUGUACGGAGGCUCCGGGUGGACCGUCAUGAGGAUCUGGCAGGAGUUUGGCAAGGAGCUCUUCAAGAAGCCACAAAAGCGCAUCAGUCGCCCCUCCGUCAAGUCCAGCUGCCCUUACGUCGGCAACGUCGCCUGGGCUCACCUGCUGGCCGCACAGACGCUGUUGACGUCACCGAACAACGCCGGGGGCGAGGCGUUCUUCAUUGAUGACGACACACCAGCGAAGGACGAAGGGGCGCUGUACGGCGAGCUAUGCGCCCCUAUCGGAAUCAGUUGGGAUGACAGCUUGGUCCUCCCUCUCCCGAUUCUGUACUCCAUCGCCUAUGCGCUCUCUUUCGUUAAAUUCGUAUGCAAGCCUUUUUACACCUUCGUUCCUCGCUUGACACCUGCCGUAUUGACCAUCGUAAACACGAAUUUCUAUUUCAACUAUAAGAAAGCCACGCGCCUUCUCGGCUACAAGCCGCUCUUCUCUUGGGAGGAGUCCAAACAGAAAACGUGGGAUGGGCUCCUAGAAUGGAAAGCUAGAGAGUUCGAUGCGUACUAGUUCAAGAAAAGAGUGAAAAAAAAGGGUACUCUGGAUCAAAGUCUUAUCAACUGUAAUUUCCGACAAAAAAUUGGACUUACCCCAAUUUUCGACUGUCAAAUUCACUCAAAGUUUCGACUGUUCAAUGCCAUUCGAGGGAAAUGAGCAAUUCUCUUCUUUUACUUUAUGAUAGGCUACUUGAUAUAAUCAAAUCAACAUGAUUUGAUUACAUCAAGUAAAGCAGCGUAUUACUGUUGUGUGUAGUAUUGCUGUUGUCUCCAGGAUGCUUUAGAAGUAAGAUCCCUAUUGUUGAUGGACUGAAUCACCCAAAGAAAACAAACAAGAUUGUUAGAACAUCUAUGUUUAUUCCAAUAAAACAUCAGCCGAUAUUCACAAAAUUCACAAUGGCGCAUAUAUAUUGGGUCAGAGGUGAUCUCCAAGUAGAUCUUUUGGUUGGCAAGACAGUAUCUAUUGGCAGAAACACUGCCCAUCAGCCAACAGAAAGAUCUACUUGGAGAUUGAGUCAGGGUUAACCUUAAACUAGCCAGGGGUACAUACAUGCACCACAUUUGUUCCACUUACAGCAGACAUUAGCAGGGUUAAGGUCAAUAGUUCAGAACAGUUUUAAAUCUUAAGUGUGUGGAAUUCUAUUUCUUAUUUUAGGUCUUAACUCUAAGAUAUCUGCUGUACAUGUACCUGCACACUUAAUUCACUGCCUUCAAAAGUUUUUACACCAGUAUCAACAAUUCAUGUCAUACCAAAAUUCCUGAAAACAUCUUUCCACAAUAUUCACAUUUAGUACAUAGUAAAGCGUCUAUGUUGAGCUACAUUAAACAUUCUGAAAUUGGAAUAUUUUGAAGUUGCAAGGCAAGAAUCAAUCAAUUUCAUGCGCCAUCUGCCAAGUGGUAUCAGAUGUAGAGCAGAGUUGAGAAUUAUAAGCAAGGCCACUUCAGCUUGACCUAACAGAUCACAUACACGUUGCUUCGGUACAUUUUAAACAUUCAUCCAUAAAAUCUUUUUUGCAUGGCCUGUCUAUAAUGUUGAGGUUAUCAAUUUGCUAGAAAAGGCACAAAAUCAUUCAUAGUUAAUGGUUGCAACUGCUUCGAGAACAAUUAGUACAUGUACUUAGCGAGCAUGCAUGAUACACGGAGCAAAAUAAAACAAGUAAUCAACAACAUAGCAUAAUACAAAGGAUUAAGCAAGAAGAUAAUGUCUCUAAACAGUCAGAGGUUUCAGAUAACAUCCACUAUCUUUUAUCAGUGACUUUCAUAAUUGUCCGUUGCCGAUGAUAGGUAGUGGAUGGUAUUCUGAAACGUCUGGCUCAUAGACUCUAUAUAUGUAGUUGCUCCAUUUUGUAUUACGUUAUGUUCUGCCUUGCUGCAUAUCCUUCAUCAAGGAAACUAGACAGAUUGCAUUGUUGUGCAUUUCUAUAAGUCAGAUGAAUACAGUAACAGGAACAUGUCCUGAUACAUCAUCAUCAUUAUACACCCGUGUAAACAAUGAACUCUGCUUUAUUUACAGAGUUCAAAUUAAACUCAAAAUUGCAUUGACUUUACGGCAAAGCCUUUGUAUGCUCUGCAUAAUAUCUGUAAGCUGUGUAAUUUGCUAAUUACGCUAAUUAACAUAAAAAUUCUUAAUUAAUCAUGACCCUGAAUAGUUACUGCCUGUAUUUGACACAAAAAGAUAAUACAUGAUAUUGCAUAAUGUAAGUUCAAAUAUAUCAUUCUACAUUAAGAUAACAAUUCUGGUAGUUGUCAUUUUACAUUUUGUACAAGAGACAUGGGAUUAGCUGCUUCGGGAAGCUACGUCGAAACUUGAGUAUAUCACUGCUUCCUAGUGUGAUUUGUAAGACUUUCUGAAGUUGGCAACAAUCACUUAAACUAUAGCCUGAACCCUGACGAUGUUAAAACGAUUGCAGCAUGUGAAUACCUGUCAGUAAUUUACAGUUUUUGGUGCAGUAACAAAUUUGUGCGUGAUCAGUACAAAGUUAACAACACACAUGAAUUACACGCCACGAUUUCCCCUCUCUUCGCUUACGACAGUUUAACUCUAAGCUGUAAAAUUUCUCAAGUACAUGUAUCACAAACAAGCCUCAUACAGACAGCAAGAUAAAAACACGUUGUUGCAAUUGUUUAAGUCUCGAUCCACAGAUCAAGAAGGUUUAAGAAAGGUUUGAAAUUUGACAAAGUUGUCUCACAGACAUUAAAUUGAUGAGAAUAUUUAGACCCCCCCUCUCUUAACCACAUACUUCAAGCUAACAAUUUUGCCACAUUGAACAAUUUUGCUACUUUUGUUAGUCACAAUUUGCUACAUCUACCUUUAAAUCAACCUGAUCACUUUUAAUUUGGGAACCUGUUAUCAAAAUCAAACUUUCAGAGGGCACCAUUUCA